AUGAGUCGUUAUCUCACCCCUGGGAAAAUCACCUUGAUGGUGGUUGCUUUGCUCUAUGCAGAGGAUCUUGUGCCAACAUCUGAAGCCACGACGGUAUUGGCCCUUCUCCUCAAUCAGAUUUUACCUGCUGGUAAACCACUCGCCUUGGAAGGGGAGCAACCGGAGUUCGAGCAUGCCAUUCCGACAUCAAUUUUCGAAUCUACUCUCGCCAACCGUCCGUCUGCAAGACCAGGAAGAUCUCUGUACGAUCUCUUGCUGAAGCGAUUGUGGACCAUCGACUGCUCUCAUGCCCUCGAUGCCUUUAUCUCUAACCUCCCAUGUCUUCUGACUAAGUCGAGAGAGCAACUCUUAAGGGAAAGGGAAACCGGAGAAGAAUCCGAUCAAAUCCACGGCCGCAUUCUCCGUACUUCCCCGUUAGGUGCUUUUAUUCGUCGUUGUCAUCUGGAAUACACGAGACUGCAAUUCCAGGACUGCCUUACCCUAUGGCAGGACUUUAUCUUGUACAGACUUCCUACCCGUCAGGCGUACGACAAGAAAAAUCCUCACGAUGGAAAAACUGCACUCGACGUCAACCUGACCGAUAUGGGUAUUGAUGUAUCCCACCCUCUCACGCAAUUAAUAUAUGGAAGGCUCGCUGAAAAUGAACAAAAGCAUCAUGGAGCUUUUAGCAUGUACGAUGUCGAAAAGCUAAUGGAAUUUCAAGUAUCCGAGCUGCAACGACUUGGGGGCAGACUGCCAGACGGAAUGAAAACAAAACUCAAUCACAUGUCUAGAGCGGGCACCAUCAUUCCGAAGCUGGGACACUACUUGAACUUUCUCGAUUCAUGGCGAGCAGGAGAUUAUUCGUCGGCGUUCGACAACUUACAUCGAUAUUUUGAUUAUGCCAUGCAAAGCAGAGAGCGAGCUUUCUAUCAAUAUGCAUUGCUCAAUCUUGCCAUUCUCCAGGCCGACUUUGGUUGUCAUGCGGAGGCCCUUUCUGCCAUGCAAGAAGCAAUCGCCACAGCUCGAGAAAACAAAGAUAUACCCUGUUUGAAUUUCUGUAUGAGCUGGGUGUAUCAUUUUGGACGAUCAUUUCCGGCUGAAACGAAUGCUGUCCGUGACAGUGGCAUCCUCGGCAGCGAGGUCGAGGGGCUGGCCUUUCUCAAAUCCAGAGCGAAGGAUGCGGAAAUGUGGAGUCUCUUGAGCACCACUCUUUUGAGCGAAGCAAAACUCGGUCUUCAGCAUGGAGACAGCGUUGCAACAGUCUUCGAAAAUAUUGCCAAAGCGUCACAUCUCAACAUUAUCAGGUCGGCGCAGAGCAUCACGGGGCCGACGCUGCUGAUGAAAAGUGCUGCGUAUGGCAGGGUUGGGCUCACUCAUCUAGCCUGGUGGUGUGGACAGGCUUUUCUUCUAUGCCAUGUCAAAGAUGCGCCACUCGAAGACUUGCUGAAAUGUAGUUGCAGAAUCGCAAGCCUUCUUGUUCAACAAGGGCGAUACGCCGAAGCCGACGAGAUGCUCAAGAAUGUUCCAGCACAUGUUCUACGCGUGUUAAAGUUCCAGAACUAUUUAGCGUUCUACACGGGCCUGUUGAAAGUGCGUAGGUAUCUGCAUCGGGAUGACCUAGACGCUGCCGAACACUUGGUCGAUCGACUAAGAGGACAAGGAACGCCAGAUAUCGAAACGGCAUUUGCUCUGUCAGUGCUGGAGAUUGAGCUUCUGAUGCGGAGACGCGUUCUCGAUAAGGCUCUCGAGUCUAUUAAAUUGCUGUCGCAAAGGGCAAACGGUGAGAUCAAUGACGUCGCUGUUCAUACUCGGCUGUUGGUUCUCAAGGCUAGGAUUCUGGCUGAAAGCGGCCAUCCACUGAAAGGCUUUACUCUCGUGACGCGGGCAGCUCAGAUUGCAUAUCGCGGAAGGGUUUUGCCUUUGCUGUGGGAAUCAAUUGGAACACUUGCCACUAUUCUCAACGAUAUGCGAGAAUUCCACGCCGCCGAUGAUUUACUCGUGUCUAUCAUGCCCCAGGUGCUUGAGUGUCAAGACUGUGGUCUUGCAGCUCGAUCUUAUUCCACCCUCGCGGAUGCCAAUAUGGGUUUGGCUGGUGCGGAAGUGGAUAAAUCGACGAAGCAGAAGGAGUUUAUCAGCAGAGCUAUGGAAAAUAUUGACCAUGCAUACGUGCAAUUCAGAUAUGUGGAGGACUUGAGAGGUCAGCUCGAAAUGUUGAAGAAGAAGGCCACCAUCAUGCACUGGCGAGGUGAUCUGGUGUUGGCUAACGAUAUUGCGACUCAAUAUCUUGAGCUUCAGAGACAAUAUGAAUCUCAGCGCGUUUAA